GGUAAUUCUGAAUGUUCAGCACAGUUUUCAGGCAAAUACGACAUAUUUGAUGCGUGAAAACAGUCUUGUACGCGAGAAUAGGACACGAAAUAAGGGAAACCAAUGGAGAAACUAUCCUUAGCCACGUGACCACCGCCGACCAAUGAGAGCGAAGAAGCCUCGUUUAUACUCGGAAAUUUUCUGACAAGCGUAGAAAACUUUUCAUCAACAGCCGCCAUUUUGACUUACUUCACUGUGUUGAAAUUUGGAAAUUAUUCUUGAAAUUUGCAGUUGUUUCUGACCUCCUAGUGAGAUUUAUUUGGAAUAAUCAAGUGCGGUAAUGUUCGAUGUGUGGUUCUACCUCGAUUAAGUGUGUUAUUUUGUGCCGAUGCUCGGAAAAUAUUGUGCAUUAUACUCGGGAUCAUUGUGCAAGUUCCGAGCGAAGAUGGAGAGUGGAACCCAGUAAGCCUAUCGGCCGACUAGGGGCUUCUUUUUGUCCGAUGGUUGACUUCGGGUUCUUAAUAUGUCCUUUGAAGGAUAUAAUGAGCCCAGAACUGAUGGCAUGAUCAAACCCAGGCGUCCUUCCAAGCGAGUGUGGGCUAAUAAGCCAUGUGUACGGGAUAUAAGUCGCAGUAAAACAGAAACUUAGGCUAGAGGGCACGGCUUUUGUAAACAGGGUGAUCAUGGGCGACCAUCUAGUGGACGGACCGCCAAACAAGCGGCCAAAGCUGGGCGAUUUUCAACCCAGCCAAGAUUCAACGGGCUUAUUUGAUGGGUCAGAUAUGUUUGACAUUGAAAAUGAUCUACCCGAUGAAUUAAUGAGUAUGAGCCAACAAUGGGGUGGUUCAGGCGAUACCCUUUCAACCACCAACAAAGUUCAUGCUACAGGACCUGGUCCUGGUCCAGGGGGGCCGGGUAUGGGACUAGGUGGUCCAGGGGGUGGUCCUGGAGGCGUACAGCAGGGUCCUACAGGGCCUACAGGGCCUGGUGGACACGCUCCGAAUGUUCUCCAGAAUGGAGCAGUGGAUCCCACUGGACAGAAUCAGGGAGUAACGCCUCACCAGAUAGCUCACCAUUUGCAACUCCAACAACAGGGCAAUAAAAAUCUAGUAGCCAAUUCUAUUGCACUUCAACAGCAAGCAGGAAACAAGAACCCAAAUACCAUGCAAAUUCCUCCCAAUGUUGCAGUGAGCAAAACAGGAAUAGGAAAUGUUGUUGUCAGUGGUGACCCUAAUAUGGUGGUUAGCAUUGGUAUGGCUAAUGCCAAUUCAAUGCAGUCCUCAGUCUCUAAUGUCAUGUCUGGCGUUGGUCUCAGCAGUGGAGCAAGUGGUGGAUUCCAAAAAAUUUCAGGGAUGAUGAUGGGCAAUUCCGGUGCCAUUAAUUCAUUGGGCGGAAUGGCAGGUGGUGGAUUAGUUGUGAACAGCCUGAACAAGGCCUCACAGCCAGUCACUAUGAUGAGUGGUGGUCCACCUGGACCUCAAGGACCUCACCAUCCGCCCCUUCCAUGUGGAAAUGUUGUGCCUGGACCUCCUCAUCAAAACGGACCAAUCAUGAGGCUACAACUUCAACAACAGCAACAGCAGCAGCAGCAGCAGCAGAUGGUGGCGAGAGGCCAAUCGCCUCAUCAGGUGCAUGUUGGACUUAAUGUUGCUGGGCCUCGCAUGCAAGGUCCAGGCAUGCCCAAUAUUGGGCAAAUGCCAGGAGCCAUGGGAGCUGGGGGCCCCUAUGGUUAUGGCUCACCUAAUGCACCUGCACCAAAUGCUGGUGUUGUUGCUCCUCAGCAGCGAGGUGUUGGUCCAAAUAUGGUUCCACUUCCUCAGCAAAGAUUUGGUGGUUCUGGUCCUCCUAUUGUUGGAGGCAAUGAAGGUGGUAUGGCUCAGCAAGCUCAACCACCUGCCCCUUCACCUGCUCAACCCCAGUCAGGUGCUCCCAGUGGUGGACAGCCAGGCCCCCAAGCAGCUACUCAAGGUGCACAGAACCCCGGGAAGCCAGGUGUUCCUCAGUCAACACCUUCAGCUGCUGAUCCUGAAAAACGCAAACUAAUUCAGCAGCAGCUUGUGUUGCUACUUCAUGCCCACAAAUGUCAAAGGAGAGAGCUAACUAAUGGGGAGUCUACUAAUUGUCAGCUUCCACAUUGUAAUACUAUGAAAGGUGUGCUACAACACAUGACCAGCUGUCAGGCUGGUAAACAAUGUCCCAUGCCUCAUUGCUCAUCAUCCAGACAAAUCAUCAGCCAUUGGAAACAUUGCUCGAGAGCAGACUGUCCUGUAUGCUUACCAUUGAAACAGGCACCAAAGGAUAACUUAGUUGUCAAUCAGCCUGCUGCUAAUUCUCAACCUAACCCAUCCCAAGCGGACAUGAGAAGAGCAUAUGAGUCUUUAGGUUUUAAUGUGGGCAAUAUUGUUACUCCAGCCCCUCCGGGGCCGAGACCACGUCCACCCGUGCCGCCUCAAGUUCCUGGUGCCAUCAACCCAUCUCAAGCACCGCCCAACAUGUCACUCAAUAGAUUAGCAAUUGUACAGCAGCCAACUCCACCUGCAACUAAUGUGCCCGGGUCGGGUCCUGGACAUCCCCCUCUUUCUGUAGCAAGUGAUCCCACAAAUAGUACACCUCAAGUCUCAGCUCCUGGUCAGGCACCCACUCAAACACCCACAAGCUUACAACAGCAACAGCAGCAACAGCAACAACAGCAGCAACAACAACAGCAGCAGCAACAUAUGCAAAUCUUUAGUAGCCUACCUGGUCCUAAUGGUGAAACUCCAGGCAAUCCAAAUAAUUUGCAGUUACCUCAAGGGUUGCAAGCCAGUCAAGUCACUGCUAUGUCAGUGCCUGGUACCAAAGAAUGGCAUCAGUCUGUCACACCUGACUUGCGCAACCAUCUAGUACACAAAUUAGUGCAAGCAAUUUUCCCAACCCCUGACCCUACUGCAAUGUUGGAUAAAAGAAUGCACAACUUGGUUGCUUAUGCUAGAAAAGUGGAAGGCGACAUGUAUGAGGUGGCCAAUUCAAGGUCAGAAUAUUAUCACCUCCUUGCUGAAAAAAUUUACAAAAUUCAAAAAGAAUUGGAGGAAAAGAGGCAAAAACGCAAGGAGCAGCAGCAAUUGCAGCAGCAGGCUCAACAGAACAACCAACAGCAGCCACCUCAACAGCAACAACAACAACAACCACCACUUCAGCAGCAGGUCCCCCCACAAAUGCCUCAUCCCUUGAGACCGAAUGCUCCCCGCCCGGUCGGUGCUGCUCCACAAGGUAUGAAUCAAGGUAUCAGUCAGAUGGGCAACGUUGGUAUUCGGAUGCCGUCACUUUUGCCUGGUCAGAUCCCUCCUGGCCAGUUAGGAUCUUUGCCGGGUCCAAGUCCUGAUGGCUCACAGAAUAUGGUGCCAGGCCCUGGAGGCCCAGGUGGCCCUGGUUUGUCACCCUUUUCCUCAGCAACAACUACAGCUAGUCAAUUUUCAGGAAAUAAUGGUGUUGGUGGGCUAAUUACUCAGCAAGGUCCUCAGUACCCUGACAUGAUCAAAAGACAUCCUGGUGCUCCCGGUGCUAAUAAUACAGUCCCUAAUAGUACUGCUAAUGCCCAGUCCACCUUAGGGUUUAACAACUUGCCAGCUCAGCAACCUAAUCAGCAAGGAGCUGCCCAAGCACAACUACUCUCUCAGGGUCCUGGGCAAGGACCUCAGCCGCAGCCUCUUCCCAGUCCCCAAUUCUCAUCUCCACCUCCAGGCUCACAGUUGCCCAGGCUGCCUAUGCCUCCCACACCCACAAGUCAAGAUGGUCACAUACCCAACUCAUCAAUGCUGGUCUCCAGCUCGCCGUCACCAGGCCUCACACCUACUUCAAAUGGCCUUCCAGGUGCCGGUCCUGUUCAGGGACCCCAGGUCUCUGCCGCGACCCCUGCGUCGCUCUCUUCACAUCAAUCUCUUUCGGGCCUCGGCCUUAUGGCUUCCACCACUGUAGCUGCCUCCAAUUCUGUGCCAACACCAGGGUCAGCAGUGUCCACAAAUGCAUCCAACACCAUGUUAGUAUCCACAACUGCGUCCUCAAGCCCAGCACCUCCUACCCCUAGCUCACCAGCUGCCCCUCUAAGUGGUGCUCUGGCUGGCAUGGGCAAGGGAGGAGGAACUAGCAAUGGAGCAACUAGCAGGCCUACUCAGAGAUCCAGUUCCAUGUCAAGUCAAAUGUCUGCUCUGACUGCUGCUCUUGAAAGGGACCAGGACUCUCCUCCUUCAAACAAUAAUGUCGGAAAGAAUAUAAAAGAAGAAAAAUAUGAUGACGAUUCUCAGGCGGAUGGCAAGGGCAGUGGCAAACUGAAGCAGGAAAUAAAGGCAGAGCCCAUGGAUGAAUCAAGCGCGGAGAACUCAUCUAUAACAGUCAAGGAAGAAUCUGUGAAGCAAGAGCCAGGUAGUCCUAUGCGUAACAGUGUAUCACACAGUAUUGCUCCGUCUGACAACAAAGACCUCAUGGAUAUUAAAGACAUCAAGCCUGUUGUCUCAGAACCUGUUGCCAGUAGUAGUGCUCCAGGAGCUCCUCCAGAAAAAAGAAAAUGCUCAUUUAAGCCAGAUGAACUUCGUGUGGCUUUGAUGCCCACAUUAGAAAAACUGUUUAGGCAGGAUCCAGAAUCAAUACCCUUUAGACAGCCUGUUGACCCACAAUCAUUAAAUAUUCCUGAUUACUUUGAUAUAGUCAGGAAACCUAUGGAUUUGUCAACAGUGAAAAAGAAACUGGACACUGGCAAGUACUCUGAUCCGUGGGAAUAUGUCGAUGAUGUGUGGUUGAUGUUUGAAAAUGCAUGGCUGUACAAUAGGAAGACAUCAAGAGUUUACAGAUAUUGCACCAAGCUUUCCGAAGUAUUUGAACAAGAAAUUGACCCUGUCAUGCAGGCAUUAGGGUACUGUUGUGGGCGCAAAUAUACUUUUAAUCCCCAGGUUUUGUGUUGUUAUGGGAAAACGAUGUGUACCAUAUCCCGUGAUGCAAAAUACUUCAGUUACCAAAAUAGGUAUACAUUCUGUCAAAAGUGCUUCAAUGAUAUUCCUGGUGACACUGUUACAUUAGGAGAUGACCCCACCCAAACACAAACUGUAAUCAAGAAGGAUCAGUUUAAGGAAAUGAAAAAUGAUCAUCUCGAAGCUGAACCCUUCGUUGAUUGUGGAGACUGCGGUCGCAAGCUUCAUCAAAUUUGUGUUCUUCAUAUGGAGAAUAUCUGGCCUCAAGGAUUUGUAUGUGAUAAUUGCCUUAAAAAGAAAGCUGGUAAAAGGAAAGAUAAUAAAUUUAAUGCCAAAAGACUUCCGCCAUCCAAGCUUGGAUCAUAUAUUGAGACACGUGUUAAUAAUUUCCUGAAGAAGAAAGAGGCAGGAGCUGGUGAAGUAGCUAUUCGAGUUGUAUCAAGCUCAGACAAGAUGGUUGAAGUAAAACCUGGAAUGCGGAGUAGAUUUGUCGAAAGUGGAGACCUUUCUGAACAAUUCCCAUACAGAGCUAAAGCUCUAUUUGCCUUCGAAGAAGUUGAUGGAACAGAUGUGUGCUUCUUUGGCAUGCAUGUUCAAGAAUAUGGUUCUGAGUGCCCCAACCCUAACACUAGAAGAGUUUAUAUUGCUUAUCUCGACUCAGUUCAUUUUUUUAAGCCGAGACAAUUCAGAACAGCAGUUUAUCAUGAAAUUUUGCUAGGCUACCUUGACUAUGUCAAACAAUUAGGGUACACAAUGGCUCAUAUUUGGGCAUGUCCACCCUCUGAAGGGGAUGACUACAUUUUCCAUUGCCAUCCACAAGAUCAGAAAGUUCCAAAGCCAAAACGUUUGCAAGAAUGGUACAAGAAGAUGUUAGAUAAGGGUAUUAUUGAACGAGUUGUAUUAGAUUACAAAGAUAUUUUGAAACAAGCUAUGGAAGACAAAUUAAGUUCUGCUGCUGAUUUGCCUUAUUUUGAGGGAGAUUUCUGGCCAAAUGUCCUUGAGGAAUCAAUCAAAGAAUUGGACCAGGAAGAGGAAGAGAAAAGAAAGCAGGCUGAGGCUGCUGAAGCUGCAGCUGCUGCUAAUGCUGAAGAUAGUGAAGAUGGUAUUGGACCAGAUGGCAAGAAAAAGGGUUCCUCUAAGAAAGCCAAGAACUCAAAGAAAUCAAAAUCAAAUCAACGUAAAAAUAGCAAAAAGUCCAGUGCCCAAGAAACUGGUAAUGACCUGUCUGCCAAAAUCUUUGCUACGAUGGAGAAGCAUAAGGAAGUUUUCUUUGUUAUCCGUUUGCAUUCAGCCCAGUCAGCAGCUAGCUUGGCAGCCAUUCAGGACCCUGACCCUUUUAUUAACUGUGAUCUUAUGGAUGGUCGGGAUGCAUUCUUGACCAUGGCUAGGGAGAGGCAUUAUGAAUUUUCAUCUCUUAGAAGAGCAAAGUUUUCAUCAAUGGCAAUGUUGUAUGAGCUACAUAAUCAAGGGCAGGACCGCUUUGUAUAUACCUGUAAUAAUUGCAAGAGCCAUGUGGAAACAAGAUGGCACUGUACUAUUUGUGAUGACUUUGAUCUCUGUAUUGCGUGUUAUGACAAACCUGGUCAUAAUCACAGAAUGGAGAAACUUGGUUUGGAUAUUGACGAUGGUUCAUUACCGUAUGACAACAAGCAGGUUAACCCACAAGAGGCAAGAAAACUGUCAAUUCAGCGUUGCAUCGCUUCUCUGGUGCAUGCCUGCCAGUGUCGCGAUGCUAACUGUAGAUUACCAAGCUGUCAGAAGAUGAAGAGAGUUGUACAACACACCAAAAUGUGCAAAAGAAAAACCAAUGGUGGUUGUCCUAUCUGCAAGCAGCUUAUUGCGUUGUGUUGUUAUCAUGCCAAGUACUGCACGGAUACAAAGUGCCCUGUUCCAUUCUGUCCAAACAUUAAACACAAGAUGAAGCAGCAGCAAUUGCAACAGAGAGUGCAACAAGCUCAGUUGUUGAGGAGACGAAUGGCUGUGAUGAACUCAAGACCAACUGCUCAGACAAGUUCUGUCGUAUCAUCUAACACAGUUUCAAGCGCUCCUAACAACGCUGUAUCAGCUAUGGCCAGUGGUGCAGUUAGUCCAGUUUCUGUUAGUGCUGGCCAAGGCUUGCAGCCAAGCCAGCCCAAUGUUCCACCACAAGGAGUUGUUCCUUCAAUGAUGCAACAGCAUCAGCCGGGUGUAGGAAUAAAGCCAGGAACCCAAACACCUCCUGCUAAUGUUCUUCAAGUGGUAAAGCAGGUCCAAGAGGAAGCUGCUCGUCAACAAGCUCCUCACACGGCUGUGGGGUAUGGUAAAGGUGUUCCUCCUAACGUCAUGGCGCCGCCCAUGCAGAGGCCAAUGGGACAGAUUGGUCCAGUUCAAGGUGGACCCAUUGGUCCAGGUGGUCAAAUGUUACCAACAAUGGAUAACUGGAAUGCCAAUCGGUAUCCCUCCAAUGUUGCCCUUCAACCCAAUUCAGGGCUCAGACAACCUGCUCCACAGAACCAACAUCAACAACAGUUGAUGCAACAACAACAGCAACAACAGGUUCAACAGCAGCAGCAACAAGUUCAACAGCCAAUGCAACAGCAGCAGGUGCAACAGCAAAUGCAACAGCAGCAGAUGGUGGUUGGUGGGGUACCGCAGCAGCAACAGCAGCAGCAGCCUGGUAUGAUGGUUGGACCCGGUCAGAUGAAUCCAGGCGUGGCUGGUCCUCAGCCUGGUCCAGGCCCAGGUCCUGGUGUGGCAGGUGGCAUCCGACAACCUGGUAUGCCAGGUAUGCAGCAAGGGCAGCCAGGAGGCAAGAUGGCACUUCAGCAGCUUCUGGCCACUCUCAAGUCGCCCAACACUCCUGAUCAACAACAGCAAAUCCUCCAAAUUCUGAAGAGUAACCCACAACUAAUGGCAGCCUUCAUCAAGCAGCGACAGGCUCACCAAGCUCAGCAGGCGCAACAACAGGGUGGCCCUGGGCAACAACCUCAACUUGGACCACAACAGGUCCAACAACAAGUGCAAGUUCAACAGCAACAGCAGGUGCACCAGCAGCAGAUGCCGCAGCAACAGGUCCAACAACAGCAGCAGCAACAACAGCAGCAGCAGCAACAACAGCAACAGCACAUGUUACAGCAGCAACAAAGUAUGAUGCAGCAGCAACAGCAGAAUCAGAUGCGGCAAAAUAUGAUGCAGCAGCAGCAGCAACAACAACAGCAGCAGCAACAGCAACAGCAGGGCCAGCAACACAUGAUGACGCCACAGCAACAGCAACAUCAACACCAACAGUGGAUCCAACAGCAGCAAAUGCUGGCCUUGAAGCAGCGUCAGCAACAGCACCAGCAACAGCAACAGCAGCAGCAACAACAGCAACAACAGCAGCAGGUGUUCCAGCAACCGACCGGCUUCCCCCAACAGAGGUUACCUGGCAUCAGACCACAGGUGCCUCAAGGCGUUGGGCACAUGAACUGGGAGCAGCAGUAUGUGAUGCAAGGCAUGAAGCCUACCCCUGCCCCCGUCGUGUCGCCGCACGGACAGCCCCACCCCGGGGGCGUUCCGCACCCCGGUCCCCAUCCGGGUGGCGUGCCCCAUGUUGGCGGCGUGAUGGGCCCUCCCAACCACAACAUGCAGCAGCUGAUGCAGACGGUGAGGUCGCCCCCGCCCAUCCGCUCGCCCAUCCCACAGCCGAACGCCUCUCCGCGGCCGGCCCCUCUCACGUCACCUCGCAACCAGCCUGUGCCUUCGCCCUCCGGGGAGAUGAUGCUGUCUGCCCCCCAUCCGCAUCCCCAUUCUCACCCUCAUCCCCACCUUCCGCACCAGUCGCCUGGGCCCUCACCCUCAUCACAAGGACCGGUGCCUGACCCUAACGAUAUGACUCCCAUGACGCCCCAGGAUCAGCUGUCCAAAUUCGUUGAGCAAUUAUAGCAUGACGGUUACUUAAAAGAGAAGAUGAACUGAGUAUUUUUUUUUAAUUACUUUUACAUUUAAAGUAAAGGACUGUGUAAAGGAUUCUUACAAUGGUUCUCUCUGGAGGCCAAAGCGAACCAGGAACUGGAUUCGUUGAAAGUAAUAGUAUUAUUAUUAAAUGAAUUU